AUGUACUCCUCUUAUUAUCUGAUAUCUAUUGGUAUGCUAUGGUCUUUAUCAAUGAUAGAUGCUAAGCAACGAGGCCAAUCGCAACGUAAUUUGGGCGAUUUUUGCAUUCCGGGUACAUGUGCGAGCUUGAAUUCCAAUUGUAAACGUGUUGGAGAGACUGCUUUUCGAUGCGUCUGUAAGGAUCAAUAUUUAUCUGUGAAUAAAACUCAUUGUGUUAAAGUCAUCAAUGCAUCUUCUGAUUCGUCUUGUAUUGCAUGUAUUGAACGGGGUGGUAUUUGUUUAGAUGAAGAUUCUGAUAAUCACAUGGACACAUGUUUUUGUCAAUUAGAUACUGAUUUAUGUAAUGAACGAACAACACUAUCAAUGAUAUCUACAACAGAAUCAACAGAGAAACUUGUACCAAUUGUAACGCCAUUAUUACCAAGUCGAUCUGUUAGGCAAGGUGAACUGACACUUAGUUUACAUGAUAUAAGCCAACGACGUUUAAUUGAUAAUGGUGGUUCUGUUUUUAUUGGUGAUCGACUUGUCAUUGAAAUCAAAUAUCGAACAGCUGAACAAAAUCCUGAUCGGCAUCAAAUUAUAGCAGAAAAUUGUUCAAUAUCAUCAAGUGUCUCAGAUAAUGAAAUAAGAUUAGAAAAAAUUCCUCUCUUGACAAAUCGUUGCCCAUCAUUAGAUUCACGUUUACCCGUACGUUUUCAACGUAUUGAUCCAGAUCAUAUUAAAAGUUCUAUAUUUCAAAUGCAUAAAUUUGAUACAACAUCAAUUGUUUAUUUACGUUGUUCGAUUGCCAUAUGUUACGGUCAGAUAGAAAAUUGUCAAGAACGUUUAUGUCCAGAAAUACGACGAUCACCAACAUUACAUCGUGGUCAAACAAGUAUAUUUAAUUUAUCAUUAACAUCGACAGUUGAUUAUGCUCCAUUUGAUUAUGUUGAUGAAGAUGGUGCAAGCGUUAUUGCAUUACGACGACGACGAAAACGAGAUGAUAGUGAUGGCGAACAAACAAAAAGAAACUUAGCGAGAUUAUUGUCUGACUUAAGUUGGUCGAUGGAUCACACAUCAUCGAACAAACUAGUUGAUGAGAGUAAUUCUGGUGGUCAUUACGAAAUACGACAAGUACAGCAACAAAUAAUUAUUGAGCUACCAUUACCUCAACCAGCAGAAAAAAUUAAAAUUGCUUAUGAAGCUUUUUAUGGUCGCACAUCAUCAUCAGCAACUCAAAGCAGUGUCGAACGAUCCACUGUUAUCGCUACUAUUUCAAUUAUCUUUAUUAUUGGCAUAUCAAUAUCAUUGUUUGUUGUUUAUCGAGCAUGUUAUUUUGACUAUGCUCAACGGAUAUAUGGUUCAGCAUCGUUUGCUGGUUUUGGUAAUGGUGCUGAUUCAACGUAUGCCGGCAUAAGAAGUUCGUCACAAGUGUGUCGUUAUGAUAUGGGACGUCGAUCUGAACAACGCUUUGAUGAAAGUCUUUUUGUAACUAAUGUGGAACCAAUAGGUGCUUAUCGACGACAAUGUUAG